UCUCUCUCGCUGCAAACUUCGCGCCAAUCUCUCUGUCCUUCCCAAAAUUCAAACAAGUUUUCUGCCGAUGUGAUAAUAGAGAAACUUGAAACGAUUAACGAUCUAUGGAAAUGGAUGAAGAAGAUGCAUGCCGAUCUUCCUUGAAGUUCUUCUCCGAUCAACUUCUCUGCUACGCAGAUAUUCUCCUUCCUCAUGAGGCUCGUGCCAGAAUCGAAGUCUCGGUGCUGAAUCUCCUCAGGAUUUUGACUUCAUCAGAUCCAGCCAUCUCCGAUCUCCCCUUGAUCAAUCGCAGUCGAAGCAACAGCCGUGUUAGUCAAGGACUGCUUACGAACGUUUCCUAUAUUUUCCUCUCUAGUUCGCUGACUAAGAGUUCCUUGACAAGAGCAAACACAGCCAAAUCCUUUGUCCGUGUGUGGAAGGUCAUGGAAAUGUGCUUUCAGAUUCUGCUCCAAGGAAAACGAGCGACCCAGAGGGAACUGUUCUACAAAUUGCUCUGUGAUUCGCCAGAGUAUUUUUCAUCCCAGAUUGAUGUCAACAGAACCAUCCAAGAUGUAGUAGCAUUGCUACGUUGCAGCAGAUACAGUCUCGGUAUUAUGGCAUCUAGCAGAGGACUUGUUGCAGGCCGGUUGUUCCUACAGGAACCAAACAGGGAAAUCGUGGAUUGUUCCGCAUGUGGUUCUUCAGGUUAUGCUAUUUCAGGUGACCUGAAUUUGCUUGACAGCCUUGUCUUAUCAACAGAUGCACGUUAUAUUAUCAUUGUAGAAAAGCAUGCAAUAUUUCACCGACUCGUGGAAGAUCGUGUGUUCAAUCACAUUCCUUGCAUUUUCAUCACUGCAAAGGGAUACCCGGAUAUCGCCACAAGGUUUCUCCUUCAUCGGAUAAGCACUACAUUUCCUGACCUGCCAAUUCUUGCUUUAGUCGAUUGGAAUCCAGCCGGGUUAGCCAUCCUAUGCACGUUCAAGUUUGGAAGCAUAGGGAUGGGUCUCGAGGCCUAUAGAUACGCUUGCAAUGUGAAGUGGGUAGGGCUGAGAGGGGAUGAUCUAAAUCUGAUACCUCAAGAGUCAUUGGUUCCUCAGAAGCCACGUGACUCACAAAUUGCCAAAAGCCUAAUGUCCUCCAGGGUCCUACCGGAAAACUACAGAGGAGAGUUGGAAAUGAUGAUGCGGGCAGGGAAGAGAGCGGAGAUAGAAGCUCUCUACUCUCACGGGUAUGCGUAUGUCGGGAAAUACAUAGCCAAAAAGAUAGUGCAGGCCAAUUACAUCUGAUACUUCACCUCACUGCUCAACAAAAAAAAAUAUUUUUUUUUUGGUGAGAAUAAAAGAUGCAGAUUAUUAUAAACCACCGGAGAACCACGAGGUUUUGGCGGCCAUGGC